AUGUCGGUUAAUCAGAAGAAAUCCUCAAACCUCGCUCCAGUAAAAAAGAAAAAUGAAGGCGGAUGUCGCAUCAAUGCUAUGGAGACCCAAGAAAUUCAGGAAGCUUUUGACCUAUUUGAUGUUGAGAAGACUGGUUUUAUAGACACAAAAGAUCUAAAGGUAGCAAUGCGUGCCCUUGGUUUUGAGCCCAAAAAGGAAGAGAUAAAAAAAUUGACGUCCGAAUAUGAUCCUGAAGGAAAAGGUGUUAUUUCAUUUCCUGACUUCCUUCGAAUGAUGUCUUUAAAAAUGCAAGAUAAAGAUGCCCGUGAGGAAGUGCUAAAGGCAUUUCGUCUUUUUGACGAUGACGAGACGGGCGCUAUUUCAUUCAAAAAUUUAAAACGUGUAGCGAAAGAACUGGGAGAGAACCUUACUGAUGAGGAACUUCAAGAGAUGAUUGAUGAGGCUGAUCGUGAUGGUGACGGUGAAGUUAAUGAAUCGGAAUUCCUUCGUAUAAUGAAAAAAACGAAUAUGUAUUAA